GCCAUUGCCACCGCUGAAGAUGCAGAUCUGCCAGUGAUUGUUUGGGCCUUUGGAGGUGGCUUUAAGAACGGAGGAGUAUCAUGUCCAAUUUUUGAUUGCACUCCAAUCGUCAUAAACGCAAUUGAGCUACAAAAGCCUGUUGUGAUAGUCAGUCUCAACUAUCGUAUUAACUACUUUGGUUUCCUCACCUCUAAAGAGAUGGUCCUUGAUGCUCAGCAAUAUGCUUCUUCUAUUCCACCACAGCUUCGUACUUGGUACCACAACUCUGUUGGCAAUUGGGGGCUCUUGGAUCUGAUCAUGGGUCUGGAGUGGGUUCAAGAACAUAUUAGUGCUUUCUCUGGUAAUCCAAAGAGAGUGACUCUGAUGGGUCAAUCCGCAGGCUCUACAGCUGCAUCCUAUUUCAAUAUGCUCCCUCAAUGUCAUGGCCUGUACCAGCGUGCGAUCAUGCAAUCUGGUGGAGUAUCAAUGCUGCCAGCUGUACGUCCUGAGUAUGAAGGCCAAUGUGUGUUUGAUCAUCUGUGCAGGUCGCUUCAGAUGCCAGAUGAUCUAGAGCCAUUGGAGAAGGUAGCAUGGCUACGUGCAGUGCCUGCAGAUGUCAUUGCAGAGCUGCUGAAUGAUACUCCGUUAGUCUUCUUCAGGCCCUCAAUCGAUGGUAUUAUCUGUAAGGAGAACGCACAACUAGAUGUAUGUGACUUUAGGAAAUAUAAUCCAAACCUGGAGUGGGUCUUAACAGGAACCUGUACCAAUGAAGGUAAGUUAUUGCUUUUAACCAUGACUCUUAUACUGUCUGCAAAUCUCCCAUCAUGCACAUUAGCUCCUGAUGUGCCUUUCACUCAUCCUCUAUUUUUAUUCUUUUUAUAAAAAAAAAAAAAAAAAAAC